CACUACAAAGCUAGCUAGCUGAUCAGAAGUGAGCUCUUCUCAUUUCCAUCACCAUCACUCUAUUUACCCGCGGAAGUUUUUUUUGGCAAUACUAUGGCUUAUAGUACUGUAGUCAUUGCUGCCACCAUUUUUGUGGUGGUGGCCGCCACAAUUUGGGGCCGUUCCGAGGCAACCCGAGCUUUCUUGGUGUUCGGAGAUUCACUUGUGGACAAUGGCAAUAACAACUAUUUGGUCACGUCGGCCCGUGCCGACUCCCCGCCUUACGGGAUCGACUACCCCACUCAUUCCGCCACGGGCCGCUUCUCCAACGGCUAUAACAUUCCUGACCUUAUCAGCCAGGCUAUAGGUUCAGAGGCAACAUUGGCCUACCUAAACCCACAACUUAAGGGUGAAAGGCUGCUCGUUGGUGCAAAUUUUGCUUCUGCCGGAAUUGGAAUUCUUGGCGACACUGGCUUUCAAUUUGCAAACAUUAUAAGAAUGGGGCAGCAGCUGGAGAUGUUCCAGGCAUACAAAGAGAGAGUGGGGAGUUUGAUAGGUGGAGAAGAGGCGGAGAGCCUGGUUAACGACGCAUUGACCCUCAUCACCCUCGGUGGCAAUGACUUCGUCAACAACUAUUUUUUGGUACCGGUUACUGCCCGGCGUCUUCAGUUCACCAUUCCUAAUUUUUGUAAUUAUCUCAUUUCUGAAUAUCGAAAGAUCUUGAUGAGGCUAUACGAGAUGGGAUGCAGGAGGGUAUUGGUGACGGGUACAGGACCGAUGGGUUGCGUUCCGGCAGAGCUUGCCACGAGGAGCAGAAACGGGCAAUGUGCGGUGGAUCCGCAACUAGCCGCGGAGAUAUUCAACCCACUUCUCGUUGAAAUGCUCGCCGAUCUCAAUGAACAACUCGGCUCUGACGUCUUCGUCGGUGUCAAUGCCAUGGAAAUGCAAAUGGACUUCAUCAACAAUCCCCAAUCCUAUGGAUUUGUUUCCACAAAGGUAGCAUGUUGUGGACAAGGACCGUACAAUGGAAUCGGGCUUUGCACGACUGCAUCAAACCUGUGCCAAAACCGAGAUGAGUAUGCGUUUUGGGAUGCGUUUCAUCCCACUGAACGGGCGAAUCGGAUUAUUGUCCAAUCCAUUUUGACCGGAGCAAACCACUACAUUACUCCCAUGAAUUUAAGCACCAUUAUGCUCAUGGAUUUGAAGGAGUAGCUUACAUUUUGCAAUAUCAAUUAUAUUCACACAUCUUAGAAUUGAAACCUUAAUGUUCAAGAGUUUCUCUAGCAUCGACUACACCGGUUAAAUAUGAAAUAACAAAUCAAAGUCUAUGACUUUAUUUAGGUCACUUCACUUAUGGAAUUUAUAUUUUUGGAUGAUCUCCUAUGUAUUAUUAAAUACUUUUUAAAAAUGUAAUAGUAGUAUGAUCAUCUGGUUCAUUUACAACUUCUACAUACUUUAGACAAGAUAAGGUUAUUAAUUUGACAAAGUCAAUAUAAUCUCUUUUAACUCCUACAAA